UUCACAUUAAUAAUUUGUGCUGUAGAUCACAAGUCCGAGGUACGGCACUGCUACUCGAACUACCACGUCAACUGGUACCGAAGAAACCUCUGUCUCUAUCCUGCUUAAAUACCUCGACAACGUAAACGGAACAUUAGCAAAUGGUAAGGCGUGUCACAAAAUAUUCUGGGGAUUACCCAUUGCAUGUGACCUUCAUUUGGACAUCGAACUUAAGCCCAAAGGCGUCGACUAUGCAUUUCGCACUACUCUUGGCAAGUUGACAAGCUGCAAAAAUAACAUCACUUUCUCUGUCGGACAAUGGUACAGUCAGUGGUGGAAUCCAAUGACCUUCACCUAUGAUCAACCGUAUGAGGGCUUCCUAAUGACAGUCGAUGUUUAUGACGUGAACUGGUACGAUGGAGAACGGCUGCAAAUUGAUCGUAUUGUCAUAGGCUUCGGACCGUCGGAUCUGAAAGGUGAAAUAAGCAUCAAUCAUAUGAGGGCAAAAAGCAAUGUUAUCAAGUAA